GAUAAUUCUCUUCGGUUAUGUUUUCUUUUGAAGGAUUCUUUAGGAGAUAGGAGAAGUAGAUCUUUUGUUCUUCUUCAGAUAGGAGAAGCGAAGCGAUCUUUCUUUCUUCAGAUAGGAGAUAAGUCUUCUUUGGGGAUUCUUAGAAUUUCUUUGAAGAUAGAAGGAGCGGAUCUUUCAGAUAGGAGAAGUGGAUUUUUGUAA